GUUUGCUGGACUUGGAUUUUUCCCUCAUGGAGUGGAGAUCGGAGAAAAAUCCAAUUUGGGACAGUAAGGGUUUCCUGGAGUUGGGAUUUUGGGGUUGUGAUUAUUGGUCAUGACAUAGACAUACAAAAAAAUCCAACUUGGGACACUGGGGGUUUCCUGGACUCGGGUUUUUUGCUCAUGGCAUGGAAGAGAUCCAAAAAUAAUCCACCUUGGGAUGGCAAGGGUUUGCUGGACUUGGGUUUUUGGCUCAUGGAGUGGAGGAAAUCUGAGAAAAAUCCAAUUUGGGACGGUGGGAGUUUCCUGGAGAUGGGAUUUUGGGGUUGUGAUUAUUGGUCAUGGAGUGGAGAUCCAAAAAAAUCCAACAUCCACAAAAGAUCCAAAAAUCCAACAUGGGACACUGGGGGUUUCCUGGACUUGGAUUUUUCCCUCAUGGAGUGGAGGAGAUCGAGAAAAAUCCACCUUGGGAUGGAGGGGAGUUUUGUGGAGUUGGGGUUUUUGCUCAUGACAUGGAAGAGAUCCAAAAUAAUCCAACUUGGGACACUGGGGGUUUCCUGGACUUGGGUUUUUCCCUCAUGGAGUGGAGGAGAUCUGAGAAAAAUCCAAUUUGGGACAAUGGGGGUUUCUUGGAGUUGGGUUUUUGGGGUUCAUGAUUUUCAUUCAUGCCAUGGAGGAGAUCUGAGAAAAAUCCAAUUUGGGACAGUGGGGGUUUCCUGGACUUGGGAUUUUGGGGUUGUGGUUGUUGGUCAUGGAGGAGAGCCAAAAAAAAUCCAAUUUGGAGAUAACAGGGGUUUGCUGGACUUGGAUUUUUCCCUCAUGGAGUGGAGGAGAUCUGAGAAAAAUCCAAUUUGGGACAAUGGGAGUUUUCUGGAGUUGGGAUUUUGGGGUUGUGAUUUUUGCUCCCGAAAAAAAUCCAAUUUGGAGAUGGCAGGGGUUUCCUGGACUUGGGUUUUUCCCUCAUGGAGUGGAGGAGAUCUGAGAAAAAUCCAAUUUGGGACAAUGGGGGUUUUCUGGAUUUGGGAUUUUGGGGUUGUGAUUUCUGCUCAUGGAGGAGAUCUGGAAAAAAAUCCAAUUUUGGGAUGGCAAGAGGUUUUCUAGAGUUGGGAUUUUUGCUCAUGACAUGGAAGAAGAGAUC